AUGCGAACAACUGGCAACACUCAUCCUACACAAGUCAUCUCUGUCGACUUUGCGGAUCCUGAUCUUUUGCAAGAUGGCAACCAAUGGUGGGCUUUCGCGAGCAACAAUCACAAGACUAUCGCUGCCGUGGGUGGUAGUCUCAUCAACGUUCAGAUUGCUCGCUCUCCGGACUUUAACUCAUGGACCGUGACCGGCAGCGAUGCUUUGCCAACGGUCGGUGCUUGGGCCGACCCUAAGGCUGGCAAUCAAGGUGCAGCCGUUUGGGCACCGAGCGUCAGCAAGAACAAGAAAGGGCAGUAUGUUCUAACUUACUCCGCUGCUGUCAAGGGUAGCCCUGGCAAGCACUGCGUAGGUGCUGCUGUAGCUUCUCAGCCUCAGGGUCCUUACACCCCACAAGCUACACCUCUUGUAUGCCCCCUUGACCAGGGCGGCGCUAUUGAUUCCGGUGCAUUCAAGGAUGCCGACGGAACACAAUACGUUGUAUACAAGAUUGAUGGCAACUCUAUGGGCCACGGCGGCGUUUGCGGCAACACCAAUGCUCCCAUGGUCAACACGCCUAUCAUGAUCCAACGUGUGGCAGAUGAUGGUUUCACUCCCGUCGGCAGCCCAGUCAAGCUCUUGGACCGCAGUGACCUUGACGGUCCUCUGAUCGAAGCUCCUUCGCUUACGCGUACCUCUAAUGGCAAAUAUGUGCUCUUUUUCAGCAGUAACUGCUUUGCGACCUCCAACUACGAUGUCACCUACGCAUUCGCCGAUAACAUCAUGGGCCCGUAUGUCAAGCGUGGCCCCAUGAUGGUCACUGGCACCAACAACCUCUACGCUCCUGGCGGUCAAGCCAUAGCCGCCGACGGCAAGCACAUGAUGUUCCAUGCUGGCGAUGUUGGCUCUGCAAACAUGGGCUGGAGAGGCGCAUACACUCAAAUCAUCAACAUUGACACCGGAAGUCAAGUUGUCUCGUCGUAG